CACUUGGGGGCGGGGUUUAGUGAGGCCUGGCAGUGCUGGGUUAAUGUUUGGGUUUAAUGAUCUUAGAGGGCUUUUCCAGCCCUAAUCACUCUGAUUCUGCCCAUCACUUCUGUCCCCCGCCACCAAGGCAGUUAGUCACCUGUUCCUUCCACCACGCUGUGGGUGGAGGCUGUAAAGGAGAAAUARCUUCAUUUAAAGGCUAAUUAUCAUUAAUUGAUGGCCAAAGGAGGCUUAAAAGGGUGAGCCAAUUAUGUGUGUUAAUGUGCUUUGGGAAAGGAGGGCUGAAGGGUGUAAUUGGAGCUGUGGUGAACACCCACAGGGUAUUGGAUGGUAUUUCUGGCUGGGGCAGGUCCUGCUGCUGUCAGUCACCUCUGGCCAUGGUGGAAAARGCAGGAGAGAGCGGCCAAACGUGGAUCAGUGUGGGAGAGGGACAGCCACGAGCUCCACAAACACUUCACAGAUUCACCAAAGGGAACAUGAACAAAAGAAAAAAAAAAUCCAGUUUUUGAGCAAGACCUGGCAGCUGGGUAUGAGCUGAUGUUACACAAGAGAAAUUCCUGCUCCUCCUGUUUGAGCGGGAUGGAGGAGGAGGGUUGGUGCCUUUGUAGGUCCUGGCAGGUUGGGCAGUGUUGGGAUUGGUGCUCCUGUGCCAGGAAGGCACCCCUGAAGUGGCACCCAUGGGUGGGUGGUCACACUCGUGGCUCUGGGUGCCUUGGGGUUGAGUUUUGGGUGUCCUGGCAGUGCAGGAGGCAGAGGGGAGUGGASGCUCUGCCCAUCAGCUUCACCUCGRGCUGUGGGUGGUGUCCCCAGCCUCCUGCUGUCCCUUGGGGACCUUCCCUCCUCAGAUCCAGGUGGAUGGAGCCCUGGGCUCAUCUCUUUUUGCCUUAGGGGUAAACUGGCUUUCCUGACAGCCCAGACACCCAGGAGCUGCUGCUGGGGGUGAAAUUGUCCUGCAGAGGUCACGGGAAGAGCUUAGCUCAGGCAGUGUGACUGUGAUUGUCCRUGCAAGUUCCUCUUCCUGUUUCAGCAUUGGGGAAAACUGUUGCACCAUGUGGUAAAAGCCCAGAUGAGCACCCCGGGGUGGGGGGUGUGAGGAUCUGCUGGCAGCGUGAGCACUGUCACCCCGAGGGUGUGGGCAGGGCCAGCACUGCCCUUUCCUGGCCUCUCUUCCAGAUGACCUUCUACUUCUCGGACACUGUGGUGCUGCUCUUCGACUUCUGGAAUGUCCACAGCCCCACAGGGAUGGUGCUCUCGGUGCUGGUGAUCCUGCUGCUGUCCGUGCUCUACGAGGCCAUCAAGAUGGGCAAGGCGGUGCUGCUGCGGCGGGCGCUGCUGGCCCUGCCCCGCAGCCUCAGCCAGGAGGCACUGGCCGAGCCCCAGGAGGGGGACAGUGGCCCCACGCAGAGCAGGUGGUUCUGGUUCCACGUGGCCCAGACGCUGUUCCACGUGCUGCAGGUGGUGCUGGGUUACAUGGUGAUGCUGGCUGUCAUGUCMUACAACGCCUGGAUCUUCCUGGGGGCCAUCGUGGGCUCCACGCUGGGCUAUUUUCUGGUCUAUCCCCUGCUGGGCCGGGGCUAGAGCCCCCUGGGGUGGUGGCACUCGUGUCCCACCUCCUGCUCCUCCGUCUGGAAUAGCUGCUGUCACUUCUGCUGGCUCUGUCCUGUCCCCGUGCUCUGUGGGAUGCAGAACUCCAAGGACUUGCUGGGGACCCUUGUGGCCAGCCCCACUCUGGCCAGCACUGGCCACACCGGCCAGUCCCCUGUCCCCCGGCUCUCAGGGACCUCUGUCGGGGUGGUGACACCAGGGGUGUGCUGUGCAUUUCCUCCCCUCCCUGCUUUUUGAGGGGGUUCACCCUGGCUGGAACGGGGAACCAUCCGGUGACUUGCUGGGGGAGGGGACACUGGGGACAGGGACCCCUGCCCUGCACCCUGCCCUAUUCACACAGUGCCUUCGGGGACAUGGGGGGGUCCUGCCGCCCCCAGCCCUCUCCUGCGCUUCAGGGAUGGGGCUGGAGCAGCCCCUGAGCCGCUGCUGUGGCUGUGCCGGGGGGGAAAUGCUGCUCCAGGUGCCUCUUGCUGCUUCCUCAGGUCACCCCUUUUAAUAAAACCAUCUCAGCUCCACUCCUGCUUUGUGUCGCUGCUGGUGUGGUCACGGUGGGGCUGGGGAUCCCCAUUUCUACCCAGGGAGGUGGUGUGAGAAUAAGGACGGUCUCCUCUGGCUUUAAAUAAAGCUUUUUUUUCCAUUUUA